GAGGAGGGGCCGCCGCCGCCGCCGCCGGGCGCAGCAGGCAGAGGGAAGGCAGGGAGCGGAGCUGCCGUUGCCGCCGCCGAGGGCCGGGGCCUUGGACGCGUCCGGGAAAGAGCGCAGGAGGAGAAGGAAGGGGAAGCGGGGGGAGCCAGUCGGCCCCUCUCGGAGGACGCGGCCCGCAUCCGCCCAGGGAAGGGCAGAGGGAAGCGGAGGGGGAGUGAGCGGGCGCCGCCGCCGAGGAGACAAAGAAGCGGAGCCCGCCUGGGCUGGGAGCCUCCCCGCCGCCGCCGCCCGCCCCGCUCCGCUCCCCGCCAGCCGGCCGGAGGUGGUGCUGCAUAGAACUUUGUUGGAGAGUCCUGCCUUUCACUGCCUGGGUCCUUUUAACAGUGUGUCAAAGAAGGACUCCAUGAAAGAUGACAGAAGAAGUUAUUGUUAUUGCAAAGUGGGAUUACACUGCACAGCAGGACCAAGAACUUGACAUCAAGAAAAAUGAGCGUCUUUGGCUAUUAGAUGAUUCUAAGACAUGGUGGAGGGUAAGAAACGCGGCCAACAAAACGGGAUAUGUGCCAUCAAAUUAUGUGGAACGAAAAAACAGCUUGAAGAAAGGUUCUCUGGUUAAAAAUCUAAAAGACACAUUGGGCUUGGGAAAAACCAAGAGAAAGACGAGUGCAAGAGAUGCCUCCCCCACUCCCAGCACAGACGCAGAGUACCCUUCCAACGGCAGCAGCGCUGACCGGAUUUACGAUCUUAACAUUCCUGCCUACGUGAAAUUUGCCUAUGUUGCCGAGAGGGAGGAUGAGCUGUCCCUCGUUAAAGGGUCCCGGGUGAUUGUCAUGGAGAAGUGCAGCGACGGCUGGUGGAGAGGGAGCUACAAUGGACAGAUCGGCUGGUUCCCUUCGAACUAUGUGGUAGAGGAGGUUGAGGAGGCAACUGCAGAUUCACCCAGCUUUCUCAGCCUUAGGAAAGGCGCUUCCAUGAGUAACGGCCAGGGCACCAAAGUACUCCACAUCGUUCAGACACUGUACCCAUUCAGCUCGGUCACAGAUGAAGAGCUCAAUUUUGAAAAAGGGGAAACGAUGGAAGUCAUUGAAAAGCCAGAAAAUGACCCAGAAUGGUGGAAAUGUAAAAAUUCCAGAGGUCAAAUUGGUCUUGUUCCUAAAAACUAUGUAGUAAUCAUUAGUGAUGGUCCUUCCAUGAACACUUCCCAUCCGCCUCAGAUAAGCUACACGGGACCAUCUUCUACCGGACGAUUUGCUGGAAGAGAGUGGUAUUACGGGAACGUUACCCGGCACCAAGCAGAAUGUGCCCUGAACGAACGGGGAGUGGAAGGAGAUUUCCUUGUUAGAGACAGUGAAUCUUCGCCCAGUGACUUCUCAGUAUCUCUAAAGGCAUCGGGGAAGAACAAACAUUUCAAGGUGCAGCUCGUGGACAAUGUCUAUUGUAUUGGGCAGCGGCGAUUUAAUACUAUGGAUGAGUUGGUGGAACACUACAAAAAGGCUCCCAUCUUCACCAGUGAACACGGGGAAAAGCUAUAUCUUGUGAAAGCACUUCAGUGACGUUGAAGAUGGACUUGGCCACCUGGGCCUCUUAUAACUUACAAGCCUUAGGUCCUAAAUUCACUUUUAUAGAGCAGAGCAAUAUCUGAAGCAGGCUUAAGGAAUAGGCUCUUUCUAAAGUGUUUGCUCUGUCAGUUGCUGUUUGUCCUUUUUUUUUUGUUUGCCUCUCUUUGUGUUCCAGUUUUGUUAACCUCUGACCACCUCUCUUCAGGUUGAGAGUUUCCCUCGGGUGGCCAUGGCGAGCACUCACCUUCCCAGCAGAGUUCAAAACGCCCCUCUCCUGUGUACGUUUACAUAGUUAGCUCAGAUCAAGGAGGGGCGUUUUCAAUUCAAACCAGUGUUAAUCUGUUCAGACUGCUCAUGCAGGCAGAACUCUCCAUUCAGAGACAUUGGGCACAGUUUGAAUGCACUGAAGCUGCAGCUGCUUAAGUGAGAGAGAGUAGACAUAACAGUUGUGGCUGUGAGUUCUGUAGCUAUAUCGCUUACCGAGUAGGAUAAUACAAAACCUCCUAGUUCCUAGAAGCACUCUUUACACUGUACUCUGCUGUUACAUUGCCUCUCUGACUCUUUGUAAAGAGUACACUAAUUAAAAGCAUUUUGUAAUAGUACUUCUUAAACUACUAUGGUAAGAUUGUAGUAAAAGAAAACUAGUGUAUUUUGGUCUGUAAUUGCAACAAAGAGAAAUUUUAUUUGAAAGUUGAUUACUAGAGAAAGAAUAAUUGAAUUGUAAAGGCUGAAUGUUUCGGUAAUCUACAACCAAAUGUGCCAUCCACAUAAUGCUUUUUCCUCUUGCCCUUCUGCUUGUUUGAAUUAAACGAUUAUGUAUUUAAUUCUCAAAGUAAUAUGUAUCUGUAGCUGAUUGUUGACACUAAUACAGAAGAUUAAUAAAAACUGAUCUUGGGACAGGGUGGGGCGGGCUACCAACACUAUAUAUAUAUAUUUGCUUUACAGAAAGAAAUCUUCGGGUUUUACAGAGGAUGGUGUGGUUGGUAGGAAGAGACACACAGAAUGUUUAUGAAGAAAAUGCAUUUUUCUCUUUUCUUUACAUUUAAACUCCUUUAUGGUUUAAAUAUACAGUCUUUAGAUGGCACAUUCCUGAGAUUGAAGAACGGAUCAUGAGAUCUCAAAAUCUUGCAUACUCAGUUUUUUGGAUAUUGUAAUAAAAAAGGUAUUACGUCA